CGCGAGAGGCUCGGUACUCCGUGUGUGCUCCGGCCACCGAGCCGCCGCUCCUGGCUUCGGCCCCGGCUCUGGCCGCAGACAUGGCGGGCGGGCACUGCGGUAGCUUCGCCGCGGCGGCUGCCAGCAGCGGGGAGAUCGUGCAGCUGAACGUAGGGGGGACCAGAUUCAGUACCUCAAGACAGACUCUCAUGUGGAUUCCAGAUUCUUUUUUUUCCAGCUUGCUGAGUGGAAGAAUUUCAACACUUCGAGAUGAAACUGGCGCUAUAUUUAUUGAUAGGGACCCAGCAGCAUUCGCCCCCAUUUUAAAUUUUCUUCGGACAAAAGAACUCGACUUAAGGGGAGUGAGCAUUAGUGCUCUCAGACACGAGGCCGAGUUUUACGGGAUCACUCCACUAGUACGAAGGCUGCUGUUGUGUGAAGAGCUGGAGAGGUCGUCAUGUGGCAGUGUCCUGUUCCAUGGUUACUUGCCUCCACCAGGCAUUCCCAGUCGUAAAAUAACUAACACAGCUAGGUCCUCUGUGGAUGCUAGGAAUGGACUAAAUUCUACAGAAGGCGAAACCCGGGGAAGCGGAACCCAGCCUGUGCUCUCUGGAAAUGGAGAUGAGACUGUUAGGCUGGGAUUUCCUGUGGAUCCAAGAAAGGUGCUAAUAGUUGCUGGCCACCACAACUGGAUUGUAGCUGCCUAUGCGCAUUUUGCUGUGUGUUACAGAAUCAAAGAGUCUUCAGGAUGGCAGCAAGUGUUUACAAGCCCAUAUCUGGACUGGACCAUUGAAAGAGUGGCUUUAAAUGCAAAAGUGGUUGGAGGUCCUCAUGGAGACAAAGACAAAAUGGUGGCUGUUGCCUCAGAGAGCAGCAUCAUCCUGUGGAGCGUCCAGGACGGAGGAAGCGGACGUGAAAUCGGUGUGUUCAGUCUUGGUGUUCCUGUAGAUGCCCUCUUCUUUAUUGGGAACCAGUUGGUGGCCACGAGUCACACAGGGAAAGUGGGAGUUUGGAAUGCUGUCACUCAGCAUUGGCAGGUGCAGGAUGUUGUUCCAAUAACCAGUUACGACACUGCGGGCUCCUUCCUUCUCCUGGGAUGCAACAAUGGAUCGAUAUAUUACAUAGACAUGCAGAAGUUCCCAUUACGGAUGAAAGAUAAUGACCUCCUUGUCACUGAACUCUAUCACGACCCCUCGAAUGAUGCCAUCACUGCACUGAGUGUUUACCUCACCCCCAAAACAAGUGUCAGCGGAAACUGGAUCGAGAUUGCCUACGGUACGAGCUCUGGAGCCGUGCGAGUGAUUGUGCAGCACCCAGAGACAGUCGGAUCAGGGCCGCAGCUCUUCCAGACCUUCACAGUCCACCGAAGCCCGGUUACAAAGAUCAUGCUGUCCGAGAAGCACCUGGUGUCAGUGUGUGCCGACAACAACCAUGUCCGCACUUGGACAGUGACACGGUUCAGAGGGAUGAUCUCCACUCAGCCAGGCUCCACCCCAUUAGCAUCAUUCAAGAUCCUGUCCUUGGAGGAGACAGAAAGCCAUGGCAGCUAUUCCUCUGGAAAUGACAUAGGGCCUUUUGGAGAACGAGAUGAUCAACAAGUGUUUAUCCAGAAAGUUGUUCCCAUCACUAACAAGCUGUUUGUUAGGCUGUCAUCAACUGGGAAAAGGAUAUGUGAGAUCCAGGCUGUUGACUACACUACUAUAUCGUCUUUCACUGUGAGGGAGUGUGAGGGUUCCAGCAGGAUGGGCUCGCGGCCAAGGCGCUACUUGUUCACAGGCCACACGAACGGUAGCAUCCAAAUGUGGGACCUGACCACGGCUAUGGAUACGGUCAGCAAGAGUGAGGACAAGGGCGCCGGCGGCCCCACCGAGGAAGAGCUGCUCAAGCUGUUAGACCAGUGUGACCUGAGCACGUCCCGAUGUGCUACCCCCAACAUCAGUCCCGCCACGUCUGUGCUUCAGCACAGCCGUCUUCGAGAGUCGAACUCCAGCCUCCAGCUCCAGCACCAUGACAUCAUCCAUGAGGCAGCCACUUACGGUGCCACGCGGCCUCACCGAGAGAGCCCUUUGUUAGCCAGAGCAAGGAGGACUGAGAGUUUCCACAGCUACAGGGACUUCCAGACUCUUAAUCUCAACAGAAGCCUAGAGAGAGCUGUCCCAGAAAAUGGUCACAUGGGUCCAGCACAGGCUGAAGUGAAAAGGGCAGCAGGCGAGUGCAACGUGUCUGAGAGGAAGUCCCCUGGGACAGAGCUGAGAUGUGUGAAAGAGUUAGAUGGUGGGUUAGCAGUGCAGAAAACAUCCGACGGGUUCUCGGAAUCCAAGAAAAGGUCGUCGGAGGAUGAGAACGAGCAUAAAGUGGAGUUGCGCAAGAAAGGAUUUGAAGCAGGAGGAUUCCUUGGAAGAAAGAAGGUUCCCCAUCUGGCAUCCUCACCAAGUACCUCUGAUGGAGGGACUGACUCUCCUGGUACAGCAUCCCCAUCUCCAACUAAGACUACUCCAUCACCUCGCCACAAAAAGAGUGAUUCCUCGGGCCAAGAGUACAGCUUGUGAACUCCACAGUGCAUGAUAAUUUUGAUACAUUUACAUGAAGAACCAAAUUCCCUAGGUUUCAGUACAUUGGCUUUUACACCAACACUUUAUAGCAUACCAUUUGACCUUGUAGUGUUUUCUGGGCCGACUCUCUUGAGGCAGGAGCAGAACACAUGCUCCUAAGGGGGCGCAGUGGUGUGUUCCUGGACUGGAAGUAGCCCUCCUCCUUUGGGCACAUGGAGCAGCAAUUCGUAAGCAGGAUUCGCUCCUUUGUUGCCCCCCCUGCUGGUUCUUUUUGUUCCAGUGCCCUUAGAGCAUGUGAGGCAUUGGGCCCUGUUCUUAGUCCAGUUGCCCAGGGCUUGUCUUGCAGUGGUACCUUAGCAUUAAUCACAGACUCUCCCUGGAAUGUGGCUCCCACCUUUGUGAUUGUGAAGUGUUUACCAGAUACCUGAUGAGGUGCUAUGUUGUGAAACAGUCUCAUGUAACUCAAAACACUAUUAUUGGACCCCAGGUUCCACUAUGCACUACAUCUUUAGGGUGGUUUUAUUUCUUUGUGGUCAUUUUCUGAUUCUUGUUGUUGGAGAUAAUGCAGCAUGCGUCACCCAUGUUUGAUACCUGAAGUCUCUCCAGUGGGAACAAUGUGCGUGUUUGACUAAGUAAAAUAGUAACAACAGAGGGGAUAGCUGGGUGUCCAGAGGUCAACCUUCCAUUUGCUGGCCCACCCUACUUUAGGAGCCACUGUACUUUUGCAGUGUCUCAUAGGACUGGAGUUCUAGAUUUGGACUUAAAUGCUUCUGUAUGUAAAACUGUUGUUCUAAUUUUAUUUUGAACUCUGAGGGCAAAAGAAAAGUUUCCAUACAUUUUCUUCAUUUAAUCUGGAUGGUUUACACAUUUCUGCACUAGAGAAAAUAAUAAAUUUAAACCCAUGAGCAUUUGCUAGGGAAUGAUGUGUAACUCCCACUCACAGAAGUACAAUGAAGUUGGAAAAAUUCUUUAAAAUUAGUUAUAUUGUCAGUGGUUUCACAAAAACUCCCCUGUAUUUAUUUGUCAAUUAAAUCGAAUGAGAAAGGUCA